CUCUCCUCACAUGUUACAGCAGCAAGCAUGGGGAAGACUGGAACACCUGGUGGAAAGAUCAACAGACCCAAAACAGUAAGUUACACACAUAAACUCACUUUAUUUUAAACAUUUACACCAGUACAAGAUGUAGAAGGGUUACUUCAUCAUAAACUAGUACCCUAAAGGCAGCUCGUUUAACGCUGAAGGUAAAAUAACACCAAGAAGGUGGUGUUAGCAAGACGGCUAACUAGCAUUUCAAUGUAAGCUAGCUACGACGUUGUUAUUUCUAGUAACUACCGGUAUGUUACAGUGUUGUUACAAUGUUAGCUACAACGUUUGUUAGUUCUGUCAACACUGCACCAAAAUGUAACGCUUUAUUAACAUGUGCGUCAAUACCGUGUAGCUCAGUUGGUAGAGCGUGGCGCUUGCAACGCCAGGGUUGUGGGUUCGAUUCCCACGUGGGGGGGCCAGUAUGAAAAUGUAUGCACUCACUAACUGUAAGUCGCUCUGGAUAAGAACGUCUGCUAAAAAAUGACUAAAAUGUAAUACUGUCAGUUAUGUGUUACUAGCUUCAUGUUGUGACGCGUUGCCUGUUCAUUAGGAGCUGGGGAAGAAGCUCUUCAAGCGGCGGAGGAAUCUGACCCGUGAGAAGAGGAAGAGACACAUCAAGGUGGGAGCUGUGGUGGACAAAGGACUCACCACCAUCCACCAUCUCAGGAAGAGAAAGUAGGUCCCAUACUGUAUGUACUUAACACUGUGGGCCAGUGGUUCUCAACCAGGGGAUACUUGGCCGAUCCACAGGGGGGUACUUGAGAAUACUCGUGAGACUGGGCAGAGCCAGUCGGGUAGCUCAGUGGUUAAGAGCGUUGUGCCAGUAACCGAAAGGUCGCUGGUUCUAAUCCCCGAGGCGACUAGGUGAAAAAUCUGUCGAUGUGCCCUUGAGCAAGGCACUUAACCCUAAUUGCUCCUGUAAGUCGCUCUGGAUAAGAGCGUCUGCUAAAUGACUAAUUUAUAAUUUAUUAAUUGAUUGUAGAUAUAAUAAAACAGUGGUAUAUCUCGAUGGGUAGAGUAACCAAUAAAGGUUGAAGUCCCCGCAGGACAACAAGCGUGAGAACUGCCUACCCAGAAUCCUCUCUAAUGGGCCUGUAUUCUUAGUGUGGUUGUCCAGGAUCCUGACCAGAUCCUCUCUCUAUAAUGGGCCUGUAUUCUUAGUGUGGUUGUCCAGGAUCCUGACCAGAUCCUCUCUCUAUAAUGGGCCUGUAUUCUUAGUGUGGUUGUCCAGGAUCCUGACCAGAUCCUCUCUCUAUAAUGGGCCUGUAUUCUUAGUGUGGUUUUCCAGGAUCCUGACCAGAUCCUCUCUCUCUAAUGGGCCUGUAUUCUUAGUGUGGUUGUCCAGGAUCCUGACCAGAUCCUCUCUCUCUAAUGGGCCUGUAUUCUUAGUGUGGUUGUCCAGGAUCCCGACCAGAUCCUCUCUCUCUAAUGGGCCUGUAUUCUUAGUGUGGUUGUCCAGGAUCCUGAUCAGAUCCUCUCUCUAUAAUGGGCCUGUAUUCUUAGUGUGGUUGUCCAGGAUCCUGACCAGAUCCUCUCUCUAAUGGGCCUGUAUUCUUAGUGUGGUUGUCCCAGGAUCCCGACCAGGUGAAGUGGUAUUGCAGUAUUCUCAUGCAUCCUAGUAUAUGAUAGUAGUAUCCAGGUCUUUGUUGCGGUGGUCUGAAAGGGUUGUUGUCCCUGCUGUGUGUUGUCCCUGCUCAGCCCCAGUCUGAACGGGUUGUUGUCCCUGCUGUGUGUUGUCCCUGCCCAGCCCCAGUCUGAACGGGUUGUUGUCUCUGCUGUGUGUUGUCCCUGCCCAGCCCCAGUCUGAACGGGUUGUUGUCUCUGCUGUGUGUUGUCCCUGCCCAGCUCCAGCCCCAGUCUGAACGGGUUGUUGUCCCUGCUGUGUGUUGUCCCUGCUCAGCUCCAGUCUGAACGGGUUGUUGUCUCUGCUGUGUGUUGUCCCUGCCCAGCUCCAGCCCCAGGGCCAACAUCACUCUGUCCGGGAAGAAGAAACGCAAGCUGCUGAAACAGCUGCAACACAUGGAAGCGGAGAAGGCCGCUAUGGAAGGUAAGAGCUUGAAUAACUAGACAUUUUUAUUUUUAGGUUGUUGAAUCACAUUUCCUCUUGAGUAAUCAUGUGCUCUCGUAUCCACUUAAAAAAAAAAGAAGGAAGAACUCUCCAGCUGUCAAUCACGAUGUAUAGUAGCCGAGUUUAGACGCCUCUCUCGCGGUCUGAACCGUCUCCUCGUACGGACCGUAACGUUCAGCCCGGUCCAUGUAGGCAGCCACACGUGCAUGCAUUAAUCGACAUAUGGAGGAAAUGUGUCAAACAGGCUGAAAUGUAGCUAGUGGAGACGAUGCUUUAAAGCCACACUCUGUGGGAUGCACAUACUUUUUAAAGAAUGGGGCCACCAACAACAUCCUGAACUAUGGUGUAAAUGGAGAGGAGGUUUUAAUGGAGAACUGAACUGAUCGUUUCCCCUGACGA